CGUGUGGUAAAAACUGACACUUGGGAGAGAAAGAACGGGAAAACAUUUUCCUAGCUCCCAAACAAAACAAAGCAAAACACGAAAGCCAAAAAUGCCGGUACUCCACUCCAAUACAUUGCCCAUGUGUUGAAAGAUAGACGUGUCAAUGGCAUACAUCACCACCUCACAUCCAAAUCCAAAAACUUGAAUGAAUGCUGUGAACUUUUUUGCACUGGCAGUUCACGCCCUUCUGGCCUUCGCCAUUAACACUCCUCCACCUACCCCUCUCUCUGUCUCUCUCUCCGCUACACACCGACGCUCUCACCAUUAACAUUCAUCACGCCUUUCGUCACGAAAUCACUAAAUUCCAAUACCCAUUUUGAGUUAUUUCACUUUCCAAGUUUAGCAAUUGCUCUGCUGUAGAGUAUUACUAUUAUAGCAGAGAACACCAAGAAAAUUGGAUAUGGCGGCCACACACUGACAAGAAUACUCCUCCUGGGCUUAAAAUGGUGUCUCCUGAGCAUUCUCAGUUCCAGACAUCUUCAUCACUAUCCAUGGCCAAGCACGGAGCUCGGACCAAAGCGGCGUCGUUUCUCCCCGACGGCCUUCUAUUCGUCGGUGGAGCUUUGGUGGCUCUUCUAACGGUUUGGGCUCUCUCGUCCUUUGUAAACCCUAACCCUAGUUCUGGUUUCUCAGUGAACGAAGCGAAGGCAUCGAUUUCUUCGGAAAAGCGAGAUUGCGCUGGGGGUGCGCACGGGGUUAACCUGCGCGACGACCCGGGUGACCCGACGUUCUACGACGACCCGGAACUAAGCUAUUCCAUAGGAGGACAGGAGAUUGAGAACUGGGACGAGAAGCGACGGGAUUGGCUGAAGCAUCACCCGUCGUACGCCGCCGGAGCAGGAGACCGGAUUCUCGUCGUCUCCGGGUCGCAGUCCUCGCCGUGUAAGAACCCAAUCGGCGAUCAUUUGCUACUGAGAUUCUUCAAAAACAAGGUCGAUUACUGUCGAAUCCAUGGCUACGAUAUCUUCUACAACAACGUGUUGCUUCACCCGAAAAUGCACACUUACUGGGCCAAAAUACCUCUGGUUCGAGCCGCCAUGGUGGCUCACCCCGAGGCCGAGUGGAUCUGGUGGGUCGACUCAGACGCUGCGUUCACCGACAUGGAUUUCAAGCUCCCAUUAGAGAGAUACAAACACCACAACCUAGUAGUCCACGGGUGGACCCGGAUGAUCUAUGAGGAGAAGAGUUGGGUCAGCAUCAACGCCGGUGUGUUCUUGAUCCGAAAUUGCCAGUGGUCGCUUGAUUUCAUGGAGGUUUGGGCAAGCAUGGGUCCACAAACCCCAAAUUACGAAAAGUGGGGCCAAACCCUAAGAUCAGCCCUCCCAGACAAGCUCUUCCCUGAAUCAGACGAUCAAUCUGGCCUCGUUUACCUGCUUUUAAAAGAGAGAGAGAAAUGGGGGGACAAGAUUUACGUAGAGGGAGAGUAUUACUUUGAAGGGUACUGGUUAGAAAUUAUUGGGACGCUUGGUAACAUCACUGACAAGUACGUCGGGAUAGAGAAGGAGGUGCAAAGGCUGAGGCGGCGGCGAGCGGAGGUGGUGAGUGAGAAUUAUGCUGCCAUGAGAGAGCCGUAUUUGAAGGAUGCCGGGUAUGGAAGGUGGAGUUGGAGGCGGCCGUUUAUCACGCAUUUUACGGGGUGUCAGCCGUGUAGUGGGAAGCACAACCAGAUGUAUGAAGGCGAGACUUGCUGGGACGCCAUGCAGAGGGCUUUGAAUUUCGCGGAUAAUCAGGUGCUUCGUAAUUAUGGAUUCAUGCACCCGGAUUUACUGGAUUCCUCCUUUGUGUCGCCUCUGCCAUUUGAUUUCCCGGCUGAGUGAUCAUGGGCCACAUGAAUUAAACUCUUGAAUACCCCUAGUCAAAAUAAUAGGGGUCUGGGUCUGGGUCUGUUCAGCCGCCGAUUGUUCCAAAACCUUAAACUAUAAGGAAGUGAUAUGAAGCAAUUUAAAACUCCCCACUUGAGAGAUUGAAGAUGGAGAGAUGAGCAAAUAGAGUUCACAAUAAUAAACAAAAUUUCCUAAAAACCAAAAACUAACAUGGAUCAGGAGUCUUGAAUUUGGAUUUUCAGAAAAUGGAGCUUUUUUAUGGCACUUUAUUCUCAACCAUGCAUCUGUUUUUCUUUUUCUUUUUGUUUUCGCUUUACAUGUAAAAGCAAUUUAUGUGUUCUGCUCUUUUGGGCCUUGGUCGGUACAUGAUUGAAGGAUGAUUUUGACUCUAUUAAGCUUUCUUUCUUAUUCUUUU